AUGGGCAAGAAGGCUUCUCCCGUUCCCAAAAAAGCUGCAGUCAAGAGCAUUGCGAAACCAAAGGCGAAGCCCAAGGCGAAGCAGCUUCCAGAGAAGCCGACUGCAACCACAGCAGACGAUCGAAAGAACAUGUCUGGCUUCGUCACGUCCAUGAAGUACAAGCAGACUGCCCAGAACAACAAGCACAGCACCAUAGCUCAGAAGUUGCUGGAGAAGUACAACACCUUGGACAACGAUGGAAAGAAAGAGAUGGCCAGCAAGUAUUCCGAGCACGGGCCCAAGGACUUGACGUGGGCGGCGGCAUACAUCGAGACGAGCACUCAUGACGAACAAACAGAACGAGAGAAAAUCAAAGGCAUGUGCACUCGCAAAGAAAUUUUGGACAUGGAGGGCAUUGACACGGAAGGCAUGCCAGAGAAAAUGAAGGAGGAAAUCCUGAAUGAGCUGCUUCAGCAGUUGUGGGCCCGACUCAAAACCGACCCAUCCAAGGACCCCAGCCUCGUCGCCGACCACCGCAUUCCCCAGAUGAAGAAGUACUACUACGAGCACGAUGCUAAGAUCAAGGAACGGGAAACAGACACUCGAAGCCAGUCCAUGAAUGUACAGACCACUGGCUUCAAGAUGGAAACCGCGCAAAAAAUGCUCACCCAUGUCGAGUCCGACCCGAACAUCAAGAUUGAGAACCCGUGGCAUGUAGAGCUCAUGGUGAAGGUAAAGGCUGUGUGGCAGGCUAAGGGCAAGCUAGAUAAGGAGGAGACCCUGCUCAAGGACACUUUGGCUGACUUCGAGACGGCCGUGCACGGGAAGGCUGGCUUCGACAAGAUCGUCAAAGAAUACGAAGUCAAGCUGGGAGUGCUCACCACGUUCCUCACCGACCUGAGAAAGUCGUAUGCCAAAGUCAGCAAGAUCGAUCCUUCGGAUGAAGCCUUGUGCAAGACUGCCUUGGCUGAGUGGCAAAGUUUCGGAGAGCACAUGUUGAUUCACCAGGAGGGUGGUAAGCAGAUGAAAGCCGGCAUGAGGGCAUUCAUUCCCUGA